UAUAUUAGCAUUAUGAAUGUUCAAACGUUUUAAUCACGCGAAAAAUGUAGACAAAGCAACAAGUGCACAUUAUCUAUUAGUUAUCAGAAAUCUAAAUAACUUAAUAAUAGUUAAAUUGAAACUUGUGAAAAAUGCGAGGAAUUUUAAAAGUCGUGAUCAGUUUGCAGUUUCUGGUUGUGUUUAGAUGUCAAACUUUAACAUUACCAAAGGGUAUUCAAAAAUGUAAUUACGGAGAUCUAAAAUGCAUUAUAGAGUCUAUGAAUAAUGUUAUUAAGCAAUUUCCAAAAGGCAUCCCAGCCAUUGGAAUGAUUCCCACGGAUGUUGUUGAUGUUCCAAACUUAGAAUUGUGGAAUAAUGACGAAUCAGGCGGGGUUUGGCUGAAGUUCCAGCUUUUUAAUCAAAUUAAUUAUGGAUUUGAAAAUACAACAAUAACGAAACUAAAAGGCUUUGGCAGAGAUCCAACAGCUACUACGAUGGAAAUACAUGGUCAAAUACCAAGUCUUAUACACAAGGGUAGCUAUAUAGCUACAGGACGCGUUGGAUUCACCCUAAUAAAUACAACGGGAGAGUCGGUAUCGGACUUUCAGCAUUUUCAAUUCACUUUGAAAUUGAAAGUAAUUACAGAAUACCGUAAUAAUACUCGUUAUUUGAAAAUAUACGAAUUGGUACCAAUUGUUAAAAUGAAGCGCUGGAUUUUAUGGCUGGACGAAUUUUUCAAGGAAAACUCGGACUUAACACUUGCUGUUAAUAAAGUUUUUAAUGCCCAUUGGGUAGAAUUCUAUAAUGAAAUGGAGCCGUCUAUUUUGGAUGUUUUUAGCAAGGUCUUUACCAGCUUGAUCGGAGGAAUUUUUCAUAAAGUGCCCUAUGACGAACUGUUUCUUAACAAUGAUUUUGGUAAUGAACAAAAAAGUUGAAGUUGUUAUUGUAUUUACAUUUUUGAAAUAAAUAGUUUACGUUUUGUCCAUGGUCAGGAACAAGUUUUGUAUAUA